GGCGGACUGGAACCCCGCGGCCUAGACCCUGGGAGCCGCCCUGCUCCGCGCGUCCGCGUGGCUCUGGGACCUCCGACCCCGGACCGAAAGGCGGUCAAUGAAAAGUUGAAAAAAGAGAAGCUCGGCGUAGUGGUUCUUGCGGACAGUAACAGUGAACACUGCGGGGCAGUUUUCUAAGUGACCUGUGCCUUUCGUCUUGGGGAAGAAACCCGCAGGCCUUGAAUGGAGCCCUCCCACCCCCGUCUUUACUGCAGACAUUAGUUAUUGUUGCAUUCGCAUCUAGAUGCAGGGCAAUCCGGUUGCUUUAAUCACUCCAUAGCCAUUUUUGGAAACUGCAUUAUAUGUAACUUUUUUAUACGCACUUACCAGUGCUAGAAGAAUGGGUCCGUGACCUUAGAGGUUGCCAUAAUACAAACAAAAAACAAUUAGCAAAAGAGGCCUUGGGGCUUUAUUAUGAAGUUAAUUAUUGUCCGGAAGGAUUCUUGAUAAUUUUGUAUUGAAAUGGGAAGGAACUGUGGCUACCAGUAGCGGGUACUUCUUGCAGCAGAAACAGAAUGCAAGCAGAGGUGAGAAAAGAAUGCAAUCUUCAUCAAGAAGUCAAAGUCUCAGGACCAGGAAGUGAAUGCUGCUCUCCCUCCGCUACAUUCCAGUGUUGGAAAUACCAAGUAAGGAAUUAGUGUAUAUGAUGCUGGAAACCUGUAGAGAUGCACAGCUCAUGACUCAAAGGCCUAAAACGGGCGUAUCUUCCAAGUUCUUAUCAGGAAAAUGACAGUGGAGAAGAUGACGGGCCAGGGUGGCCAGUGGGAAGCGCCCUAGGAGGGAGCCACAGAGAUGUACACUUCAGAAGAGAGGCGUGAUCAGAGAACUCGGAGAAGGACAGUGUAUCGUGUGUGCCCUCAGAAGGGUCAGAAGAUCUUUAUUCGUGUGCAUGAGAUUACUCAUAUAGAUGAUCACUUAUACCAGUGCCUUGAAUGUGAGCAAAACUUCUGCGAAAACUUAGCUCUUAUUAUGUGUGAGAGAACCCACAGUGGAGAGAAACCUUAUCGAUGUGAUAUGUGUGAGAAAACCUUCAUCCAGCGCUCAGAUCUCAUUUCACACCAGAGGAUCCACAAUUAUGAGAAACCCUAUAAAUGUAGCAAAUGUGAGAAGAGCUUCUGGCACCACUUAGCCCUUUCAGGGCACCAGAGAACACAUGCAGGUAAAAAAUUCUAUACGUGUGACAUUUGUGGCAAGAAUUUUGGACAGAGCUCUGAUCUGCUCGUCCACCAGCGAAGCCACACUGGCGAGAAACCGUACCUGUGCAGCGAGUGUGAUAAGUGCUUCAGUCGAAGUACGAACCUCAUUCGCCACCGAAGAACUCACACUGGCGAGAAACCAUUUAAGUGUCUGGAGUGUGAAAAAGCUUUUAGUGGGAAGUCGGAUCUCAUUAGCCACCAGAGAACUCACACUGGCGAAAGGCCCUACAAGUGUAACAAGUGUGAGAAGAGCUACCGACACCGCUCAGCCUUCAUUGUUCACAAGAGAGUCCACACCGGGGAGAAGCCCUACAAGUGCGGCGCCUGUGAGAAGUGCUUUGGCCAGAAGUCAGACCUCAUUGUCCACCAGAGGGUCCACACCGGGGAGAAGCCCUACAAGUGCUUGGAAUGUAUGAGAAGUUUCACUCGCAGUGCCAACCUAAUCAGGCACCAGGCCACUCACACGCACACUUUUAAAUGCCUUGAAUAUGAGAAAAGUUUCAGCUGUGGCUCAGACCUUAUUGUGCAUCAAAGAAUUCACAUGGAAGAGAAGCCCCAUCAGUGGCCUGCCUGUGAGAGCGGCUUCCUCCUGGGCAUGGGCUUUGUUGCCCAGCCGAAAAUGAGAACUCAGACGGAGGAGCUGCGUUACCCGUACAGUGUGUGUGACAAAGGCUUCCGCCAGAGUUCGGCCCUCCUGCAGCACCAGACGGUCCACGGUGGCGAGAAGCCCUGUGUCUGUAACGCAGGGGAGAAGGGGCUUGAGCUCAGCCCUCCCCGUGCACCAGAAGCCUCACAAACGUCUUGGCCGGACAAGAAGUUAUAACACCAUAAAAAAAAAACACUUAUGAGUCAGAGAACUCAUUAAAAUGAGGAACUCUAGGCAAAACUUAGGUUUUUCUAAGAGCUCAGACUUCAGUGGGGACCAGAGACUCUGCGAUUGCAGGAAGCUGGGAAGUGGUUUGCCCAGAGAGCUGCCCUAACAGAAUCCUACCGGUCACUCCAACGAGCAACCUUCCAAGGCCCUGAGGCUUGGAAAACCUUUAAUCUGAGCUCCGAUCUGGUCACUCACAGGGGACUCGUACCAGUGGCAAACCUUGCAGAUGCUGAGACGGGGAGAGCCUCCAGGCCACGCUCACUCCUCUCCCUCCGGGAAGUUCGCACCAGAGGACAAUGCCCUUGGUGUGCACAACCCACUGACGCCAGAGAGCCCACACUCGGGAGAAACCCCAGAAAGUGUGGUAAAAGCUUCCAAAGGAACUGUGACUUUCCUCACCAUCAGAAAAGCCAUAUCGGUGACAAUUUAGGUAUUUGUCUUGAGUGUGGCAAAGCACUAGAUGGAGAGCCUUCUUGGGUUUGCAUCAACAACAACAAAACCGAUCUGAGAAGAAACCUUAUGAAGUCUGAGGGAGAAAAGCUGCCAGCCAUCAGCUCCUUUGGUUGGCACACCAGGGAACCCACACGUGUGAAAAACCCCAUAAAUAUCUUGAGUCUGAAAAAAGCCUUGCUAGAAACCUGCACCUCUGGGCCCCAAAGAACCUACUCUGUGGAGAAUCGUGCUCUAGUGAGAGAUCUAAUCGGGGGUGGUGUACAUAUAGUAGGUGUGAGAAUAGCCAUGUUCCCAGUUAGCUGACCCGUGUGUAGAGGUGACUUUCAUGGAGUCCAUACCUGGACAGUUCUUAGAAGCCCAGCUCGUUGUGGGAGGAGCUCGGGCAGAUCAGAGCAGGCCUGAUGGGAAACUCAGGUAAAGAUCCUUUUCUUUUAUCUCAACCACUUCAUUAUGAUCGCUUUACUUUCUCUUUUUAAAAUGUGGAAAUCCAAUAAAGGAAAGGACUGUGCCCUGUGACAGACGGUGUGGCAUGUGUUACUGUGGGGGACAGCAGAAGACUGACUUUGCCUUAUGGUGGUUACUAUUUUUGAAAAAAUUCUUGGCCAGAUUGGGGACUGGUUUUGACAAGUCGCUUAGGGAACUUGCUGGAAGUGGAAACAGCCAGGCAGGUGGGGAGCUGCUCUCCUGGGUCAGGACUCCCAGAAGCUUCCCCUUUGCAGGGCCAACUUCACACACAGGCGGGACACUUGGCGUUUCACACUUGGUGUGAGUGGGGGCGAACCCUCAAAGGUUUCCUUUCCCGAAAAUGUCUGAGUAUCACUGGUGUUUGAAAUUUCUGCUUUAGAGAUUCAUCUCUUUUCAACUCGGAAACUCCAGCUUGAGGAGCAGUUAUGGUGUUGCUAGUAUCCACAUCUUUGUGGCUUCGUGUGCCACCCCUCCCGGUGCUAACACCUCCUUAGCAGCUCCCCUCCCUGCAGAAUGGCAACGGGAGGCCUGCAAGGACGUCCGGCCUGUGCAGGCAGGUGAUACCUGGUGACGCUUUGUCAGUGGAGCAGCUGUGCUUCUGGUUUUGAGGUUCCUACCUCCAAAGCCAGUGUUCUUUUCUCUCCAUUAUCCUGCUGUUUGAUUCAGUCCCGUAAUGACAUGCCUUUCAUUUGUUUCAGUUCUGCCAAGAAAGGAGAGACUACUUUUUAUUCCCAGGGAAAGGAUUGCAAUCACUACAAUAUAAGGUAUUUAUUUGGCUUGGAAUGUAGGAUUCUAAACGCUAGAAGGGAAAAGUAGUUGCUAAAUUUAUCAGAGGUUUAGGGAUUAGCACUUAUUUCUAGUUUAACAGAAUAACUAUUAUAUUCAACAUUCUCUAGAAGUACUAUAAUCCAGGGAUCUAUAAAUGAACAGUUCUGAGGGGAUUUUUCCCCUCAAAA